UUUCAAUUUAUUUGUGGUUUUCAAUUUUUCACAUAUUUUAAUGAACUGAAGGGUUUUUAAUUUUUAUAACUUAUUUAUAAUUGUUAAAAAUAGAUCAUUUCAAAUAUCAUGGAACAAAACUUUGCGGAUUGUUGUAUAAUUUGUUUGGAAAAGAAAACGGACACCAUAAAUUUAGUAGAGAAUUUUGAAAAAUUGAAUGAACUCUCCUUGUUAUGCCAUUGUGAGUUUAUCAAUUAUACAGAAUACUCGCAACUUAUCUGCACUAUAUGCAAUGGCAAAUUAACUUUUUCAUACAAUUUUGUGCAACAGGUUUUCAAAAGUCUCCAGAUUCUCAACAGCAAAGUGAAGAAUGAAAGAAAUGAAUCUAUUACUGAUGAAGCAACCAGUAUUCAAGAUGACAUCAUCCCUAAGUGUUCAGAUGAAGAUCCUCUUCAUGCUGCCCUAGAGACUGCCAAUGUGACAAGAAAGUUAAGAGCUGAUUCAAUCAAAUUAGUACCACUUGAUGAAGCGAACAAAGUCAUAGAGGAAUUCAAAAUAAUAAUGAAUGCAAGUAAAGAUUGUGUAUGUUGUGAUUUUUCUGGAACAAGUAGAAGAUCUCUCUCUGCACAUAUGCUCAGUACUCAUAGGGAGAAAAGAAAUAUUUGGUGUCGUGAUUGCAAUGGUAUAUUUGAAAAUAUUGCUGAACACAAAAAAAUACACGAUAGCAAACAUAGUUGCCCUUUUUGUGGAAAUAAAAAAAAAUCAUCACGAUUUGUGGAGCAUAUUCUAUCGCAUACAGGUAAAUUUGAAUGUAAAAUCUGUAAAAAAAAGUUCAAUUCAGAAUCAUGGCUGAGAAAACAUAUACUUAUACAUUCUGAAGACAGACCACACCGGUGUCCAAACUGUUCAAAAGGAUUCAUACAGACAAGUUCACUGAAGUAUCACCUCACGACUCAUGGAAAAUAUGGUUGUCGAGUUUGUAAAAAACAUUUCAAAACAGAAGGUGAAAAUGAAUCACAUGAGUGUGUUAUCUCAGAUAGAAAUGACAUGGAUACAAAAUUUGAGAGUAUAAUAAUAAAGUGUGAAAUAUUGCCAAAUUCUGAAAAUGACAAACGUGACAAAUUUAUUGUGGUUGAAGACUAUGAACCUCCUGUUGCUGUGAAGAAACCAUCUGAUAUAAAUUAUUCUCUACCCAAAGAGUUUGAGUGUCAAAUAUGCCAAAAAAAAUUCAUAACUGCUUCUCAAUCAGUUUCGAUUGAUGCGCCAUUUGCCAUUUGCCUGAUCCUGACAGCAUUGGUGGUAGAGAAUAUUUCCAGUUAUAGUAAUGGUUAUCGAUUUCGUCUUCAUGUUAGAAAACAUAAAGGGGCAUUACCUUAUAAAUGUACAAGCUGCCAUAAAAAUUUUUCGGAUCGAACUGAAUUUAACAAUCAUAAAAGAGUUCAUACCAAGGAAAAGCCAUUCAAAUGUAGCAUCUGUGAAAAAAUGUUUUCACAAAAAUCUACUUUAACUACUCAUAUGAAACGUCAUACUGGACGACCUGAAGUUUGUGACAUUUGUGGAAAGAGGUUUUGCAGAAAAACAGAGUUGAAGAUGCAUUUAAGCAAACAUAAGGGAGAAAAACCAUUUCUCUGUAUGAAAUGUGGCAAAGUCUUUGCCCAGAUCAGUCAUUUAACUGAACAUAUGUUGGGACAUGGAGAAGAGAGACCCCAUAAAUGUUCCUUUUGUGAGAAGGCAUUUAAAAAGAACAGUGUAUUGAAGUCACAUCUUCGGCUACAUAUGGAUCAAAAACCAAUCAAAUGUGAAUAUUGUUCCUACUCUUGCUAUACUGCAUACAGGCUUCAGCAACACACAGCUAAGUUACAUGAUAGAUUACAAAUAAAAAAUAACUCGCAAGAAGUAGAAAAAGUAUCAGAUAUUGCAGAAAAAAUUAAAAUUAUGUCAAAUAAAAUACAAUUGCUAAUUUAAUAAUAUAUUGUUGAAAAAUG